AUGAACUGGUUAGCUGACAUUUGUAGUAGCGAGUGUUUUCAACUUCCCCGAAGCAAAUGGGAUUCUCAGUCUUUAAGUGAGUACGUGGUGUCUGGCAAAGAGGCGGCGGGCAAGGAACGGAAGAGAGCCAGUACACUCCCGUCCCGAAGAAGUGACACCACGCACCUGAAAGCGAAGUAUGAUCUAUGCCUGCAUGAGCGCCGGCCAGUGGCUAAUAACCAGAUGAAGAACAAGACUCUCUGCACUCAAUGGUUUAGGUGUAUGUAG